AGUCACAGGCUUUAAGGCGAGUGGGUUGUGACAGUGACGCCUUCAGUCUUGUCCGCAGCCGCAAUGAAGGCAGCCCGGAUUGCCCUGCGAAACGCGGCUCCUUUGGCUGCUGCGGGUGGUGCCAUCAGCGGGGCUGGGGUAACCAGAGAGGUGGAACAUUUUUCGCGUUACUCUCCGUCGCCGCUUUCUAUCAAGCAGUUCCUGGAUUUCGGUUCAACAAAUGCAUGUGAAAGAACCUCGUUCUCAUUCCUUCGGCAUGAGCUUCCUGUACGGCUAGCAAAUAUUUUGAAAGAAAUUGAUCUCCUUCCUAGUCCGUUAUUGGGUACAACUUCAGUACAAUUGGUAAAGAGUUGGUAUGUUCAAAGCCUACUGGAACUAGUGGAAUUCCAAGAUAAAAAAAUAGAUGACCACAAAGUUCUGUCAGAUUUUAUAGAUGCCAUUGUUAAAGUCCGAAACAGACAUCAUGAUGUAGUGCCUGUGAUGGCACAAGGGGUCCUAGAAUACAGAGAUUCAUCUAAAAUGGACCAAUUCAUCAAUCAAAAUAUUCAGUAUUUCUUGGAUCGAUUUUACAUGAACAGGAUAUCUAUUCGGAUGUUAAUAAACCAGCACACACUUAUAUUUGAUAACAAUAACAAUGUGGGUAACCCACGGCAUAUUGGAUGCAUUGAUCCUUGCUGUGAUGUUGUGGAUCUGGUGCAUGAUGCUUUCCAGAGUUCCCAGAUGCUUUGUGAUCAAUACUAUUUCGCUUCUCCAGAGUUAAAGCUUAUUCAAAUAAAUGGAAAAGCAGCUGGACAGCCUAUUCACAUAGUAUAUGUACCUUCUCACCUCUUUCACAUGCUGUUUGAACUUUUCAAGAAUGCAAUGAGAGCAACAGUUGAAUACCAGGAAAAAAAACCUUCCCUUGAUCCUGUUGAGGUGACUGUUGUACUUGGAAAAGAAGACCUGUCUAUUAAGAUUUCUGACAGAGGUGGUGGUGUUCCAGUGAGGAAAAUAGAAAGCCUCUUCAGCUAUACAUAUUCUACAGCACCGAAGCCUGCAGUAGAUGGCAGCAAUUCUACUCCUUUGGCUGGAUUUGGUUAUGGAUUACCAAUUUCUCGUCUUUAUGCUAAAUACUUUCAUGGAGACCUUAGUUUGUGUUCUAUUUCGGGUUAUGGAACAGAUGCUAUUAUCCACUUAAAGGCCCUUUCUACAGAAUCUGUAGAAAAACUUCCCGUUUUCAAUAAAUCUGCUUGUAAACAUUACCAAACCUCUGUAGAAGCAGAUGACUGGUGUGUUCCUAAGCAAAAAAUAAGAAAUGUAUCAAGGCAGAGCGCUGUUGCAUGAAGAAUACACUUGCCCAACACAUUGAAAUGGGAUCAAACCAAAGUUUCAGCUGGGAUUAAUGAAACAAAGUACUUGAGGUCACUCCUGUUCAAUGCAAGGACUUAAGUGAGAUGGAAGAAAUGUUGAAUGGAAUGCUACAACACAAUUUAUAAAUGCUGUGUUAGUACUGCAGUUUGUACAACAUAGACUAUUAGGAUUAUCAAAUGGAUAGGAUAAUGUACAUAUUGGCCUUUUUGGAAUUUAGAUUAACACUCCAAAAUUCUAAUGUUUUCAGAUUCCUAUGCUAUGUUUUGCUAUGUUCAAAAAAUGAUACGUCUUGUCUGAAUAUCAACACACAAUACUAAUUUUCUUCUCAGCCAAGUCACUUUAAAUCUCUUUGCACGUCACACUUAUAGCCUGUGAGAAAGUCUAGCUGAACAGAUUGUGGUAACAUGUCUUUGUUACAUACAAUAGUCUUAUAAAUUGCUGACAUAUGGUAUAAUGGUGAACUCCAAAUAGUUAACAUUACUUGAAUUCCCACAAAUUGCUAUAUUUGUGGAUAGUAUCUUUCUGUUGUUUUCCUAAAUACUGAGAUUUGGAUAUGAAUGGGAAAUAAUCUGAAAAUAUUAAGAAAGUAAUGAGUAUGUAUUGUGAAAGUAAAUGUUGACCAUAAAAAAUUAGCAGUAUGGCUUCUAGCUAUCUGUAGUGAGGGAAACAGAAAACCAUAAAGGAUUUUCAAAGGAAUUGAAAUGGAUGGGAUUUAGUUCCACCUUUAAUAUAAUUGAGUAGGAUAUGAGGCUAUAAGUAAAAAGAGGCAACUUUUUUGAAUGGUAUUAUUUAUGCAACCAUCAAACUGGAAAGAUUUCAGAAUAUGGAUUUAGGUUGUGUUUGAUACAUUAAUCUGACAGCCUCCUUCUGUACUUCAACAUAUAAAAUGCAACUUUAAAAUGCAUGUAUAAUUUAUUGGAGGCCUUUUAUAUGAGUAUAAUGAUAAAUAGACUGUGGAGGAUAUAAUACCUGAAUUUUUUAAAGAAUUUAGGAAAUACAUUAACUGGGACACAAGAGAAAUAAUACAUUAUCCAUGCAGCAGCAAGGAGUGACACUGGUAGAAUAUUUUUAUUUUGUGAAGAACAGAUUGAGAGAAUAUUCCAUUGCAAAGAACCGAUGCUUCUUAAGACUGGGAGUCUGUUAAGGGCCCAGCUAGUGCCAGUAUAGGUUAGCCUGCCUUUUUCUUUAAGGCAGAGAUGCUAAAGAGCUAAUCCUAAUGCAUGUUUAAAGGAUCACUGUGACAAUUCCGCACCCAUGCUUAUCUAUGGCAGUUUCACCGCUGCCUGCGUAUUUGCUAAUGUCCACUUUUGCAUGGACUCAGAUUCCGGUGAAUAGGUAAUCCCACCCAUGUGAGGCUAUCACGUGCAGUUGGUACAGUGUACCAGCAAAGGCUUAGCAGUUAACACUGAUGAAAUAUUGAAUGCUUGUUUCUGCUGAAGUGCUUGGAAAAUACUGAAUGUUACGUUAACUAUUUUUAGAGCCUAAUCAUGAAAAAGAAGUCUAGUUGUUAUGCUAAUUGCAAGUGCAUAUUUGGCAGUCAGAUUGUAGUAAAGGUACUCCUGGUGAGGUAUUUAUGGACUGCUUGAGCACUCCAUUGUGGGCGUAUCACAGUGGCAUCAUUGGUAAUAGCAGCGUUAAUUCAGAUUUUAAUAAAAAAUCUUUGGUUCUUACAAUAAAACUUGUUGCUAUGAUACACUUGCGCACUUUGACCUCAUACAGUACAUAACGUAAAGAGUUGAUUUGCUAAUGUUUUAAAUGAACACAGUCAAUCCAUGCACUGUCUCUACAAAGUUACUAAAGGUGCUAUCUUUCUGCUAUCACAGUCUGUAAUUCCAAGUUACUGAAUAUUUUGAAAGAAUACUUGCUGAUGUAUCAGGCUGGAACAAAUAUGAGCCUAAGUACACUUAACAAAAAUACUUUUCUGAGCACAAUAACGUUUUGAUGCUGUUUUGCCAAAAGUCUGCACAGAAUGUAAGAAACCUAAGUGGAUUAUAAUUUUAGAGUGAAUCAUUUCUGCCACAAUUUAUGUUCUGGGUCAGGUGACUUGAAAUACACUACAAGAUUUAUAAUAAAAUGUAUUUUUUAAAAUA